AUGUCACAGCAGCGCUCGUCUUUAUUGGAGAAGAACAAUAACGACCUCAUUAUGUGGUACCAAUCCCUCACUAAAAAGCACAACUUCACAGGCGUGAGUGAAGCGGCAACCAUGUUUUUCAGUGUCCUUCUUCCAUAUGAGAGUGGAUUGGAUGCUGUUUACUUCCACUACGUACUCGAUGGGCCUAGAGGAAUUGUCAAGAUUUCCAAUUCCACUUCGUCCAUUUUCAUCGACAAUUUACGCUAUUGCGGAAAGCUACCGUGGUGA